CGAGAUAGAGAGCUCAUUAGACUUCUAUGGUAUUCUAAAGUUGAAAGUUUUUCCCUCCCUCAACUAAUUACGUAAAUCGAGCCUUGACUGCGAGGAAUUCAUUCGAUUGUGAGAGGAACAUUAGUCGAACACUUGAUCACUAGAGGCGUUUGAAAAAGCAACUUCGAGAAACUUUAGUGAUUUACUCCAUCUUUCCUUAGUGUUGAAAGAAUCAUGGCAGUUGGGAAGAAAUACCUCGAUGGCACAACAUUUGUUCAACUUGCUAUGGCGUUGUCUCUGAUGAGACCUGAGCUUCAAGGAUUCGUUGGUCAGAACACAACUCCGCCGAUGCCUGUGAACAUGGGAUACCCACAGAAUUUAACUGGUGUAGUCCCGUACAAUCAUGUUCCCAGCACUACUAACUUCAACUUCAACUUGGCACCUAAAGAAAGUAAUGCUCAACACCCCCUAAAUGAGUUUCUGGAUUGGCACACGAGUGGUAACAAUCAGUUUGACACAGAUGCAGUUGCUAUGCUUUUCAAUGGGGAAACCCAUACCGCCCCAAGAGAAACGAGAGCUUCGUUUAGUACGGAGUUAGAGAGCGGUUAUAGCUCCGAUGGCGGUCGUUCGCCUUCAGCUAUUUCCUCUGUUGGUGGCUCACCACAACACGAAGCUAGUUAUACAAACACACAGGCCCCUGAAGCAGAUUACUUCGGUGCCGCUGGCUUCACUCCGACCGAAGAGGACCUUCUGAAGUCCAUCGACUUUCAACUCGAGGAUUAUAUCGAUCUCGACGCCAUCUACGAGGAACCACCUCAGAAAAAAGCAGCGUUUUUGCCGGAAGAACUCCCUUACCCAAAGAUUAAAACCGAACCGUUGCCGAGCCCUGACGACUCUUACAGAAAGUUUCCCAACUCUCCGCAAGAGUUUCACUCGCCCUCCGAUCCCAACCGAAAGAAUCCCUUUGAAGAAACCUUCAACUUUGAGGAACAGUUCUUCAACGCUGACCCGUUCUCUAUUGAUUUUGCGCCAACAGAAGAAGAACUGCAAGAAGUGGGACCUAACACAGACCCUGUGUUUGACCUGGACUCGUUUGCAGUCAAUCUAGAUGAUCUUCCUCUCGACAUAUUCGACCCAAAACCAACGGGGCAACAAGCGAUCGAAAAUAAACAUGAUAGCCUGCUUCCCCUCGGUCAAGAACCGGUGCCAAUAUUUUCAGAGGCCACCGCAACGAGAAAUGAUAGCGGAUUUCCUUCAACUGGUACGUUUUUCCUCAGUAAUAUUAAGUUACCAGCUAAAGUGCUUUUUCACACGUAUAAUAUUCACAUGCACCGCAUUAUCUCACGAGCGCAAGUUCUUUAAAGUUCUACAGAAUUCCGUUUUCGGUUUUGUGACUGUUUAUUUGAAUAACAAAUUUCUUUUACUCGAGCUACCAUAAUUGAUUAUCUUGGUUUGUUCUUGAUGGGAGUUUCUAAAUAUUUGUUUAUUUCCUUGGAAACAGUUGCUUUUUCCUUUGUUAAAUAUUAAUUUUGGGCCAAAUUUCGUGAUUUGCAUCCAGUUGAUUUAAUCAGCAAAUCGAUGUAAAAAAACGACCAAUAUUGUGCUCUCAGUUUCCUUUAAGCUGUCGCUCACGCCUCACCGCUUUAUCUUCCCGUACGUCAUAUGCGACUAUUGUAUUGAAAAUUCGAGCAAUUGCUACGUCCUCUUUCGAAAAGGAAAUUCAGUGUUGAGUUAAAUCUUUGCAGGGGCCUUUGAGUUGGGGUGUGGCCUUAAAGAUUUUUACAUUGGGUCAAGAAAUGUUAAUAGUGGUAGAUAUCACUGUUCUAUUAGUAUUUUAACAAGUUGCUUUUAUCUUUUCAGAAUCCUUGCUUCCUCAAGCUACCAGAGACUGGCAGAGUCACUCUUUCCCACUCUUACCCGGUGCAAACAUCAAACAAGAGAAACCUGAGAUUGUAAGUGUUCCAAGUGUGCCAGCAAGCACAUCUACCAGGUUUACACCUUCAACUGCUCCCAAGGAUUUUAAUGGGGCACGCCCAGCUAUAGCUGCAGCUGGGGCAUCACACUUUCCAGCAUCAGAAGAUGAAAUAGUUGACAUGAGUAUUAAUGAAUUUGGCAGCUUUUUGGAAACACUUUCAGAACCUGAUGCGCAGAAGGCCAGAGACAUACGUAGAAGAGGAAAGAACAAGGUUGCUGCACGCUUGUGUCGCAAAAGAAAGAUUGAUGUUGUCAGUGACAUAGAAGAUGAUAUUCACAGUCUGAGAAAGAAAAAGGAGGAAAUUAUCAAGCAAAGGCAAAAACUCUUGGCUGAAAAUGCCUAUUACAAGAAGAAAGUCGAUGAACUACAGGAUCACCUGUUUCAAAGUUUAAGAGAUGAAAGUGGCCGUCCUCUUUCAUCAAAAGAAUAUACCAUCUUCCAAGGUGCUAAUGGUAGCAUCUAUGUAGGAAAAAAUAUAGACAGUGAAUCAAAGAAGAAACAAAAUGGCCACAGUAGUAAAUAAGUACCAGUUAGAGUUUUGUUAGGUAAGAUUUGUGAAUAUAGUAUCAGGCCUUGUGGGUCACAGAAUUGAAGAUGCAGAUUUGAAAACAUCUUCUGAAGAGACAAUGUG